CGGCAGGGAGAGGAAGUCAGCACAGACCGCCUGCGCCCCACACCACAACAUGACUUUCACCAGGGUGCUACACAUCGCAGCUCUGUUCCUCAUGCAAGGGGAUUUUCCAGGAGCUGGCAGUGAAACCGUAAUUCUAAAGGAAGGAGAGGACCUAAAUCUCCGCUGCACCCUCAGCAGUGACAAAGGUUCUGCCCGGCAAUGGUUAAACCCUCACGGGUUUGCCAUUUUUCUCAACACCCAUCGGGCUUUAAGAGAUCAGAGGUACAAACUCAUCCAUUAUUCAAAGGAUGAAUUAUCCAUCCGACUGUCUAACGUAACGGUGCGUGAUGAAGGCGUAUAUAAAUGCUUCUACUACGGCAUCCCAUUCAAAAGCAAGAACAAGACUGUCAAGGUGUUAGCUGCUCCUUCUGAUCCAGUACUGGAAGUAUCCCGAGACCCAGGAAGAAGCAUAACACUGUCGUGCCAUACCCAGGGAUGUAAACCACAGCCCCAGAUUACCUGGCUGUUGGACAACGGAAUAGAGCUCUCCGGUGACACUAAGCACAAGUUAGAAGCUGAUGGGAAGAAAUGGACCACAACCAGCACGCUGAGCGUCCUCGCUUACGGGCCCAAUUCAACAGCCAGUUGCAUCGUUCGCCACCAAGCACUAAGAGAAGAGAAGCUGAUGGCCUCUUUCCAGUUUGAGGACCUCCCUAGGACAGUGACAAAACCAAAUCCUGUGCCAGCUGUGCGAGAGGUGGCUACUGGUGUCUCCGAGAACGAGCAAUCUACAGUGACCACAGCGGAGUCAGAUCUGAACGGCAGCAUCGCCUCCACUCCGAGCUACCCACAACAUACUGGGUCCGAAGUGACGUCAGCCGCAGCAGGAAAGGAAGGACUGACUGGUUCGGCGAGUUAUCGCAUCCCCAAUGGGACUGAAACAGCAUCCAAUGGCAAUGUCACAGAAAAUGAACUUUCCAGGACAGAAACCCCACUGCCAAGUGAAAACGUAUCUGCGAUUUCCAUCAUCACCUUCGAGCAAGAUCUGAAGUCUGAAGGCAUCAAAAAGAAAGAGAAGAAUCUCCUGCUGCCAAUCCUGGUGGCUGGUCUGAUUUUCAUGCUGCUCAUCAUUGUCCUGCUUUUUAUGAGGAAGCUGAAAAAAGCUCACGGAGUGUGGAAGAGAGAAAAUGAUGUUUCAGACCAGACACUGGAGAGUUAUAAAUCCAAAUCUAACGAAGACAGUCCGGGCCACGAGAAGAACGGACACGUUGUCAAUCAGAAGUCCAACGUGCAAUAUGUAACAGAAGGAUAUGUGGAAAAAACGCAGAAGAAUCCUAGAGAAAAAACCAUCGCAAUAAGUGAGAAAAUAUUUGGAUGCGGAAAGGAGACGGAUGUAUAGCAAUGGCAAAUCCCUACAAUGUGCAGAAGCCCCCCUGUUUCCUGAUAUUUACAUUACGGCGUUCAGAUAGCAAUAUGAUUUGAAGGAGCAGAAGUAGAAACAGCUACCCUCGACCCGAAAGCUGGUUGGGACCGCUUUUCUUUAAACAGUGGGACAGGUAGAUGGGACCGGCGCUACCAGAAACCUAUCAGCAAUGAACACACUGAUUUACCUGUAAUCCUCAGAGGAUUUCAUCAACCACUGCCAGAAACAGAGCUCAUCGAUCCCAUCUCGGGUCCUAUCAGCAAUUAGGGUCCCGGCAAGCGAACACGCAAUUAGCCCCCAGGACUGAAGAUAUUCACCUAACGCUUUGGCCGCUUCCUUUGCAAGCACGGCACCGAGCAGGAAACCCCAGGGGAGCUGCAAACCAACUGGGGCUUGUAUUAUCUCAUUCCGAGCCCAAACCUGGACAUCCAGCUGUAUUUAACCAACCGCGAAAGCAUCCUGAUGUCCAAAGGGUUAAAAACAAAGGAUGUUCCCCCUCGCUAGGACUUCUGCCUCGGUUUCUCGCCCGCGCAACGGUAACAUCGCUCUGGGCCGUGCGCGACCGCAUCGGCACCGGUCUGCAAGGGGCUCUGAAACCGAAGCGUUUUGGGUGCUACGAUCGUACAGUCUCCCACAUCACGCGAGCUUCCAGGGGUGUCACUGAGAAUCCGGAGGUGGUCAAACGAGGGGCCGGGCAGCGGUGAAGAGGAAGGGCAGCGUUACACCUGGGACUCCCCAAAUCCGGGGACAAAGUCACUUGCGUGAUAGCGGACGAGCUAAGAGAAUCGCCAAGGCGUUACGUCAGCAGCGAUGCCGUCGCCGGGAACCUUUUCUGUUGCAGUAAGAUAAAACUGAAUCCCUGAAGUAAAGGAGAUGUACAUUACAACAGAGAGCCGUAUUUUAUUUUUUUUUUCCUCCAUUAGAGAUUAUUAUUUCUCACCAGAAGAAAG